AGAAGAGAGAAGAAAGAGAAAGUCUAAUUGUUUCUCCUGUAAACUGCAAGCCGAUCCUGUGUCUGAAAAUGGUGUUGUGCAGCAAAAUGUCAAGCUAUCUUCUGAUUUUGCUGAUUCUUAGUUCGACCCAUUUCAGUCUAAUGGCUCAUGGUAGACCAGAGCCAAACUCGCACAAAUCCACCACGAAAAUAGGAGAUCAAGAUCAGAAGAUGAUGAUGAGAGGCUUAAUUGGAUCAAGACCACCAAGAUGUGAGAGAGUUAGAUGUCGUUCUUGUGGUCACUGUGAAGCCAUUCAAGUUCCUACAAAUCCUCAAACAAAGCUUCACUCUCCCUCUUCUUCCUCGUCGUUCUCCUCUGAGAUAAUUAAUCUUGAUUACAGUAGAGGAGACGACAGUACUAAUUAUAAACCCAUGAGCUGGAAAUGCAAAUGUGGUAACUCUAUCUAUAACCCUUGAAGAAAUUUCUCAUAUUUUUUCCACAUUUUUUCUUUUUUCUUUUUUUGGGUUCGAAUUCUAAAACCUCUGUGUACAUAUAUAUGUUUUUAGUUGUAAUCUUCAGAGAUUCUGAUCAUU